AAUCCAAAAUAACAGCCUCAAAAGCCCCAGAUUUCUCUUUGCUGCUGGAGCUGUUUUUGCAUGAACUGAUGGUUGAAAGCAGGUUUCAGUUACUACAAAGAAAGGAAUCUUUUCCCAUGAUUUAUUGCAGCUUUGUUCACCCAAUUUGAUUCCCUGCUGCCGUGCCUCGCACGUGCUCCUCCUCUCAUGCUUUUCAUCCCCUUAAGAUUUUCUUUCUGGGUAAGCAAGCCACUCCCCUUAUUAACUUAAUCCAUCAAUAAUUUACUUCCUUCGUGAUUAUUAAGUACUUCCAAUUAUUACUUCCUCAAAAAGAAAUUAGCGGAGCGUCAAUGGAAAAUGUUAGAGAAGGCGGCCAUCAAAUUCCUUCGUGGGCUUUCGCCGGCCUUCAUCUUCUAUCGAGGUCGACGGAGCCCGAAUUAGACCGCCGAGAGAUAAUCCUGUUGGGGAGCGCUCAUCUCUUGGGCCUGCUCAUUGACAAGGCCCAAGUGAGGAGAGAUUCAUGGGAAGAGAGAGUCAAAAGAGCAGAGAACGAAUUAACCCAGAUGAGAUUGAUCAGAGCUGAGGACGCCAAAGCCAAUGAGAAAGUCGUCGGCAUCUUCGCCUCCCAUGAACAGAGCUGGAUUGCCGAGAGGAAAAGCCUCAGGCUCCAGAUCCGAGCUUUGACGACCCGAUUGCAAUCAUUAACAGCCAAAAACGAAGAAACCGUGUCCAAUUUGAGCUACAGACUAACCGAGGCUGAAUGCGAGAUCAAAGCCAAGGACGAGGUCAUUACUACAGAGACAAAGAAGAAGGAAGAGUUAUUGGAGAAACUGCAAUUCACUAAGAAAGAAGUGCAGGAACUGAAAGAAGAGUUCGAGAAGGAAGAGAGGGAUCACAGGUCGGCGAUGGAGAUGUCGAAGCGAGAGCUCGACCGAAUGCUGGAGAGGAAGGAGGAAGCAGGGAUGAUGGUGGAGAAGCUAUCGGAUAAGAUUGGGAAGUUGCGGGGGGAUUUGGAUCAAAAGGAUAAAAUGCUGUCGGCGAUGUUGAGGAAAUCGAAGCUCGACGCGGAGGAGAAGGGGAUGCUGCUGAAGGAGGUGAAGAUGUCCAAGGCGAAGAAGAAGCAGGCGGAGCUGGAGAUGGAGAAGUGGAGGAAUAAAUGGGAGUCGAGACACAAGAGAGGGUCGAGUGAGUCUUCGAAGAGUGUUCUGCUAGAUUACUUUGAGUCGGAGAGGCAGAAGGAGCAGCGGUUUGCGGCCGAGGGGAAAGCGGAGACUGUGGUUGCGGCUGUCAAAUGCUUGGACCAGUACUCCAGUGAAGGACCUAAUGACGAUAUACAUGACUUUCAGAACUUGAAAGAUUGGGUACGGAUGGAAACGGAGAAAUAUGCAACUAUACUUGAGCAAAAGCAUUUCACAGAGAUUGAAGCAUUCACGGAGCAGAUGAGGCUCAAAGAUGAGAAAAUAGAAGCCUUCCGUUGGAGAUUACUUAGCAGAGAUAUUGAAUCAAAGCGGCUGCAGUCCCAAAUUGAAGUGCUUGAAGAGAACUUAUCGCAGUUGAGGGAGGAAAACUUCAAAUUCGGAGCACUUUUGAUGGACAAGGAAGAGGAAAUAAAAUCUCUGAAAGAAGAAUUGAGUUGCUUCGUCCAUUACUACCAGAGGAACUGUCUUAAAAAUUACCCUACUUCUCAGGUUUGCGAAGCUCUGACUGAAGUGGAUACUGCAAUGAAGAAACAAAGGAAUAUGGAAGUGGAUAGUGAAAUGGUUAAUGAUAUUGCAGCAAUUAGUCCGACUGAUUCAGCACUAUCUGCAGAUAACUCUGUGGAUAAUUCCAUCAUCUGCAUUGAUGAAAUAACUUCAAAAGAAGCUCUUAGCUUAGAUCCUUAUGAACACGCAAAAAGCAUUAGUUUGAUCAUUGAUUCCCAUAAAGAAGAGACGGAAGAAGAGAAAGUUGUGUCUAUCGACUCAAUUCAUGCAUCAUCCGUGAACAACACACAUAAACAAGCCCAUGCUUUCACAAAGGAGUCAUCCUCGAGAAUUGACAUCCAAGCUCUUGGAGUCUCCUACAAGAUAAAAAGGUUGAAACAGCAAUUAAUUAUGCUCGAGAAAUUGGCUGGGGUGAAACAAAUUAUGAUCGGUGACAACCCCUGCGCUAGCCCCAAAGAUAAGAAAGUCGAAGACAACAAGCAGAACCUAAAAGGGAUCACAUUAGUCAUUUACUUGAUGAGUAAACAAGUAAAGAGAUUUCAAUCUCUUGAAGAAAAGGCCAAUGACUUGUGCAGAAGGAUGCAUGAAAAUACUGGAGGAGGGAGCGCGAAAGAGCAAAGUAGAGUUCUUGGAAAUUUUCUCGAGGAGACAUUUCAGCUGCAAAGGCUUGUGGUUGCAACUGGCCAGAAAUUGAUGGACAUACAAUUAAAGAUAAUGAGUAGUAUCAAUAGCAGUGACGGUGGUCUAGAUGAAUCUGUAGGAUUCAAUAUGGAGCAGUUUGCAGAUGUUAUUGGGACUCUAUUCAGAGACAUACAGAGAGGUUUGGAAGUGAGAAUAGCUAGGAUAAUUGGUGAUCUUGAGGGGACGCUAGCUUGUGAUGGGAUUAGGCAUAUAUGAGGCUAGAAUGAGAUGUACUAUCAUAGACUGGUAGUUUUCUUGAGUUCGUCUUUACAACCUUGUAUCAUACACAGAUGAACCAAAUGAUAAAUAAUUUUUUCCUUUUUCUGUGAGUAA